UCCUCUACUGCACUCACGCGCAAAAAAAAGAUAACGCGAUCUAUCGAUCUUUUUCCAAAAAAAAAAACCUACGCCGCCUGAUAGGCUUCACGGCUAUAGUCGCAUAAACCUGACGUCUACAACCGAACGCGUCGUCCGAAAUAUUUAUUUCGAGCACAAUAUUUAUGACAUCGUAAUUAAUUAAACAUGUCGUUUUAAUUAUGUAAAUACAAAUGGGUGAUAAUCAAUUUAAAUUAUGUGCUUCGUUCUCGUCCGCUUAAUUUAAUGUAAACAGAUAUUUAUCAUUAUUUGUGACGUUUUUACGGUGCUAAUGUUUUGACGGUGCGGAGCUUACAAGUUUUUGUCGGAGGCUCGCUAGUCGGUGCCAGAGACAUGCUCUGUCGCAGUGGACUUUAUUAGUUGAAUGUGAAUCAUCGUUGAUGGAAACAUUAUACCAUACCAUUAUGGAACGCCACCAAAAUGGUAUGGAUGUGUGGGGCAGGGACGAGUGAACCAGCUGGGUGGGUUGUUCAUCAACGGGCGCCCCCUGCCGAACCACAUCCGACUGAAGAUAGUGGAGAUGGCGGCGGCGGGCGUGCGGCCCUGCGUCAUCUCGCGCCAGCUGCGGGUCUCGCACGGCUGCGUCUCCAAGAUCCUCAACCGGUAUCAGGAGACCGGAUCCAUUAGACCGGGCGUGAUUGGCGGGUCGAAGCCGAGAGUGGCCACGCCAGAAGUGGAGGCGAGGAUUGAGGAGCUCAAACGCCAGAACCCGGGGAUAUUCUCCUGGGAAAUCCGAGAGAAGCUGAUAAAGGAGGGCGUGUCGGAUCCUCCCAGCAUCUCGUCGAUCUCGCGGCUCCUGCGCGGGGGCGCGAGGGACCCAGAUGGGAAGAAAGAUUACAGCAUCGACGGCAUUCUUGGAGGCCGAGAAUCGGAUUCGUCUGACAUAGAGUCGGAGCCAGGGUUGACCCUCAAGAGGAAGCAGCGGCGAUCACGCACCACAUUUACCGGGGAGCAGCUGGAUGCUCUGGAGCGGGCCUUCCACCGCACUCAAUACCCCGAUGUAUAUACUAGAGAAGAGCUAGCUCUACAAACAGGGCUCACUGAGGCCCGCAUACAGGUUUGGUUUUCCAACCGGCGGGCACGGCUACGGAAACACACUGGUUCAAAUACCAGCCCUAGUCUAGCUAGCUACUCCACGUUACCAAUGCCCCAAAUACCCUGCCCCUACCCCUCGGGAGAAAUUCCUCCUCUGUCACAGCACCACCCUCAACACCCUGAUUCAUGGCAUCACCAAAAAUACAAUUAUAACCAGCUUAUGGCUCAAUCCCAACAUCUGAACCAAGCGUUUCAAAACGCUGCCUUCCCGAGCACUUCAGGAGCCACUUUCGGUCAUCUCGUUUCGGGAGCAAACGGACCGUCACACAGCCAAAUAUUAGACGCAGCGGUGCCCAGAAAUGAUUAUCCUCGGUAUUCUAGCAACGAGGUCUACAACAAACCCAUCAACUACUUGGCCAAAGAAACUGAAGGAGAAGAUAAAGGAACUACAGAAGAAGGAAUUGAACAAAGAGAAGAUUCGUUCAUAAAAGUGCCCGCAGAAGAUUAUUCAAAGACGUUACCAAAUAACGAGUAUCCUAAAGUUCCUACUGAUUAUUCCAAAGUUACAGUAGACCCAUCUCCAUCAUCUAACUGGAGUCCAUCGCAUAACACGCUGAACAUGAGUCUAGCUGGAUUGUCUGGCGAAUACAAGUAUAUGAAUGACCCUUACUCUUUCCCCAAUAUACCUGACCCACUUACUCAACAUAACUAUCCAAAUCCGCCUAACGCGGCCAACAAAUAUUGGAUUUGACAUAUUGAUUUAGAUAAUUUUAAGUUAUUUUUUAGGGAAAUUAGAUUGUUAACUUUAUUUAUACAUUAUUUUCUCUAAUCAUAAGAUUUUCAAGUAUUGUAAUUAUUAGCUAGCUCUAUAUUUUUUUGAGACAUUACCUCUUCAGUGCAUUCCAUUUAAAUUAAUACCUUCUUAAAACCAAACAUUUGUAAAUA